AUGGCGGACGCCGUGUCUAUUGAGCAGACCAACAAGAUCCGAAUUUCUCUCGGACUCAAGCCACUCCCUGUCCCCAGCGCCACCGGUCCCGAAUUUAGAGAAGACGACUCCUCCAGCGGAUCCGAAGACGAAGAAGACCCCGCGAGCACCCUCGAAACACGACAGGAACAAGGAUAUGACAAUUGGAAGAAACUUCAGGACGACGCCGACGCGAAAAAACGUCGCGAAGAAAAGAAUGCCGCCAUCAAGAGAGCGCGCGACGAGGCCCAGCGUAAGCUGCAGCUGGAAGGCACUACGCUGGGCGAGUCGCUCGGCGCCGACCUGGACACCAAGGCCUGGUUGAUGCAAUCCAAGAAAAAGACCAAGAAGAUCGAGAAGGAGCGCGCGCGCAAACUAGCCCAAGAACUUGAGGAGCGAGAGCGCGAGGCUGCGAUUCAAUAUACUUCUGAAGAUCUUGCUGGUGUCAAAGUCGGACAUUCUAUCGGCGCAUUUGGAGGUGGCGAGGACCAUAUUCUUACACUCAAGGACGCCGCGGUGGAUGACGAGGAGGGGGGCGAUGAGCUUGAAAAUGUGAACUUGGCAGAGAUGGAGAGGACCGAGGAAAAGCUAGAACUGAAGAAGCGCAAGCCUGUCUACGAUCCUACGGCCGAAAACCAAGGAAUUCUCUCGCAAUAUGACGAGGAGAUCGACGGCAAGAAACGCAAAAGAUUUACAUUAGACGCCAAGGGUUCCACAGAGGAGGAACGGGAGGCCAAACGUCAAGAGGUCUCGGGCAAAUUAAGGAUGGGAGCUAUCAGCCUAGACCUGGAGCCCGAGAUUCCAACUUCCGAUUACAUGGAUAUCAGCGAGAUCAAGAUCAAGAAGCCGAAGAAGAAGAAGGCCAAGACUACCAAACAACGAGCGACCAUUGAUGACGAGGACCUGACCCCCCACGUCGAAUCAAAUGGCGCUUCUAUGGAUAUUGAUUCAGGCAAUGGAGUUCAGGCUCCCGCCCGAAAGCCGAUCGAUCAGAAUAUCUCCUUUGUGGAUGACGAUGACCUACAAGCAUCUCUUGCACUACAGCGACGUGCUGCUUUCAAAAAGCGCAAGAAGAUGCGCCCAGAGGAUCUUGCCCAGCAGCUUCGCGAAGAAGGUUCACAGACCCCGAUGGAUGUGGAAACCCCCGAAGGCGAUGCAGAGGAACCCGGCCUUGUAAUUGACGAGACAUCUGAAUUCAUCUCCAACCUCCAGAAACCUACACUUCCUGAGCGGGAAGAACGACAAAAGUCUACACCUGUGGAGGCGAAGCCUCAACCCGAGGACGAACCACAGGAUGUUGAUAUGGAGCGCUCUUACAAUGAUAUUGAAGACGACGAAGAUCUCGCCGAACGUAUCAAGUGCGAGGAAUCUCAAAAGGAGAAAGAAGAGAUGACCGGCACUGGACUGGAAGAAGAAGCUACAUUGGAUCAGGGUAUGGGAGCUGCAUUGUCUAUGCUGCGACGGCGUGGCCUGGUGAAGGACACUGGUGGCAGUGAUCGCAAUGCUCUUAUGCGUGACCGCCAGCGCUUCCUUCAAGAAAAGGAGAACCGUGAAGCUGAGGCCGACCGACGAGCUCGGAUGCAGCGUGAGCGUGACCGUACUUCUGGUAAACUCGACCGCAUGUCGGCCCGUGAACGUGAGGAACACGCCCGGUGGGAGAACAAGCAGCGAGACCAACAGGAAGCCCGCCAAAUGGCCGAGGUAUUCAACAAGGAAUACAAGCCCGACGUGCAACUCAAGUAUGUGGAUGAACACGGCCGCUCGAUGAAUCAGAAGGAAGCUUUCAAGCACCUCAGUCAUCAGUUCCACGGCAAGGGUAGCGGCAAGAUGAAGACGGAGAAGCGAUUGAAGAAGAUGGAAGAUGAAGAUAAACGUGAGGCCAUGAGUACUAUGGACAGCAGUCAACACACGGGUAUGAACAAUGCCAUGGGACAGCAAGCGCGGAAGAACCGCCAGGCUGGUGUACGACUCGGCUAA